AUGGCCAUAUCUGAAAAAGAUAUCCCCCACAUCCACCAAAUCAUCGACGUUGCUCUAUGUCAUGGUUCCAGUGUGUGGGAGGUUGUUAAUAAGCAUGAGGAUGCUCUCGAGGGUGCAUACACCCCUCGAGGUUAUGGUGCCAAUGGCCUUGACAUCACAACUCUUGUUUUCAAGCUCGGUGGGCGCCAGCUCCUUCUCCCCUCUCUCCAUACUCUCCGUUCCAAAUUGACCUUCACCUCAAUUGUGCCAACCAUUGGUCCUAUACGAGAUGAGCAGUUUGACCAGAAUAUUCGGAACAUCAUCAUGACCAUGCAUGCACACUUGUCACUCGCAUCAUUGUGCGGUGUCAGUCUGAUGAUUGAUGAAAUUGCCCUCAAGGAGAUGGCAGUUCACUUUAGCAAGUAUAAUAAGGUCGGGGGACUUUGCUGGAAGCAUUCCCAUGUUGUAGAACCCAUCCUCCACACGUACAAGUCUGCCAUGCACAUAGCACAAAAAAUUCACGAUGGUGAACUUCACCUUGGGAAGGAACUCACAGUGAUCGGCAUCUCUUGCUUUGGCAAAGACGAGAUCUAUCCUAUUUUAGCGGCACCCACCUGCAAGUCUGAAGAUGCCUCUGAUAUGGAACACAUCCUUGCCCAUGUCAUUGGUAGCUGGAACAGGACUGGCGCGUCAGAGUCCGUCAGCCCAAUCUGGUCAUUAGUGACAGAUGGUGAUGUGACUAGGCAUGCUGCUGGUCAUAAGUUAUUCAUCAGGUUCCCACUACCUCCUGAAUCACGUGAAAUCACACUUGAUUUUGACUUCAAGCAUGUUUUCAAAUGCAUUUGUACACUUAUUUGGGCACCUGGGGGAAUAGUCCUAAACAACGGCCAUGUCAUAAAUUCAAUGAUGCUUGCACGGUAUCUGGUGUGGUUGCCCGCCUAUGAUGAAGCAGCAGUAACAAAACUCCUUCACCCUGACGAUCCCCAAGAUGUCCCUCGUGCUGUCGAACUCAUGCUUGCUAUCAUCGAGUUCUCAAAAUCUCAGUGCCAUGUCUUGAACGACUCAUUUUCCCUCGCACUUUAUUAUGACACUCAAACCGUGGUGAAGAAUGCUUGCUUCUCUCUAGCCAAGCAACAGUCACUGGACCCUAUCCUUUUUGGUCGUACACAUAUGAUUGGGGGACACAACUCAGCAUGCUCUUAUGCUCAGGCCAUCAAUCGUCUUGGUGCUGCAAAGGAUAUUGAUGGUCUUGAUCCGGGUCAUCGACGCCUCAAACUUACACGCCACGAGGGAGUUGAUCAUAUCAAUCACGAGAUCUGGAAGGGUGAUAUUGUCGCAAACAGAUGUGAUCUCCCAUUGGUGUGGUGCAAUGGUCGUGAUUCACUUGAUCUGGUUUAUUAUUCCUUUGCUGAUCAUUUCAACAACCCUAACAACAAAUACUUCGGCAUCACAACUGGAGGAGGAACUCGAAGACCCAAGCCAUGUACCAGAACUUCCCCCACCUGUUACAAGCUCAUCACCCUCACAAUGUUUGGAGACCAUCUUGUCAACUGA